ACUGUCCCGUCAAGGAAAUGUGCCCCCCCUUCCUAUAACAACUAGGGAAGUCCAUUGCUUGACUCUAACCUGUUUAUAGACACGAUGCUACGUCGCAUUUUGUAAUUGAUAUAUAUUUUUUGGCAUCUCUCGGUCACGUUGCGAUUAUAAAUGGAUUCCGGAAUUUUAGAAAACAAGCCUCCUCACCAUUUGAGACGGUCGACCAGACACGCACCAGUUAAAGUGCUGAAUGUUGAACCGACACCCAGAGGUCCUCUAAAGAGGACCAAAAAGGGAUCACAAAACAAAGCUCCUGUUACAGCAAUCAAUGGCACCAAAGAUGUAGAGAACGGCUCGGAUGAUGAAGAAUCCCCUAGCAAGAAGAGACGGCUGGGCAGCGAAGUCGCAGCGGGAAGCAGGGGUGAUGAAAACGAGAUGGAUGUCAAGGAAGAAGCUGAAGAAGAGAUGGAGAAAAAUGACUCAGACCACGAAAUGGAUAUUGAGCAGGAUUCUUCUCCACCACCCAAAAUACAUAAAGGAGCCCUGGGAGAUGUCAAUUUGACUCCACAUGUCGUGCUCGGUCAAUGCUGCCUAACCAGUCAUACUGUAAAUGAGGAUCUGGAGAGGAUCAAUAUCGUGAAAGUAAAAACAGACACAAAAUCUUCAACAAAAGCCUCCACCAAGACAGUCGAGCAAAUCAAUUCAAGAGUGAACAGAUAUGAUGCGCCCACCACAAAGAUGAGAAGUACGGCCGAAUACAAGAGUACUAUGGAGGCCAUAGCCAGGAGUACUGAUGUACCCAGAAUGAACCACAUUUCAAGUGCGUAUCCAACCUUAGAGAAACCUUACACACGAGAACGUGUAAACAACAUUCCAACACAAAGAGAUGAAAAAGAUGUUCAUCGCAAAAAACAAGAACGGUUAAUGAAAACCGCUUCUAUCAAGAAAAAUUCAGGAAAUUCCUCCACAGGAUGUAUGCGGUAUGUAUGGGGUUUGGUUCUCCUGGUGCUGCUUAGCGCUGCCACCUUGCUGGCAUACAAAGUCAUGCCUGUAGUCCGAAGGACAACAGGUGGUUUAGGGCAACCGUCCAGGGAUGUGAAUGCAGAAAAGUUUGCCGAUCGCAUGUCCCUUCUUGAGACUCAGUUCCCCAGUCAGCGGCCUGACUUGUGGAAGAGGAGCAAGAUCCACCUGGAGAACCAUCUCAAGACAGCCCAGCCCACACAGCCGGUUAGCCUGAUCUUCACCGCAGGCCGUAAGGCCGAGAGGACACUGGAGUGCGUGGCUCAGGCACUGGCCUCCUCUUUCUCCUCUGCCCUCAAUGCCUCCGUCCUCCACGUUGAUGGAACAAGCAUGACCAGCCAGGACAGCGAUGAGGUAAAGCUGGACAUUGACCGCCAGCUGCAAGCCGCCUUUGAGGGUGAAAAACCUGUGGCGGUCAUUCACCGGUUUGAAGAGCUGCCUCCAGGCUCCACCAUCAUCUUUUAUCGCUACUGUGACCACGAGAACGCUGUGUACAAGCGGGUGUUCUUAUUGUUUACUGUGCUGCUGCCUCAAGACGAGAUCAGAGAUGAGCGGAGUCUCAAGGAGGUGGAGGAGAUGGUGCACGACUAUCUGAAGGAGAAGCUGGUGGGCUCGAGCAGCCAGACCGCCUUCAAUAAAAUGGAUACUGACAAGUACAGCGGACUGUUGAGUCGCAUCUCCCAUCUAAUCUUGCCUGUCUUGUCUGAAGAGGAAGUAGAGCAGAAAGGAUGCUGAUGAAGGAGGAGGUCAGGAUACUACACUGGACCAGGCUGCUGCUUCUUGUCACUGUGUAAGGAGCUACGUAGCCAAAAGUAAUGCGGAAACAUUAUGUGUGUGCCAUUGACAUGUAGAUUUGGUUGAAAAUGUUUGAAGGUUGUAUUAAUCUCUCGUACAUGUACAGGUACGGGCUAAUGCAACAGAAGUUUCCUUUUCAGUAUCAGAUCUCCAGCAGACAGCCGCUGGAGAUGUGGCACUUUGUUUCAUUCUGAUGUUUGCGUAUUUGCUGAAAAAAAAAUUCCUUUUUCCUUUAACCAUCUAUCAUAUGAAGUUUAGAUCCCUGUUUUAUACUGUCAGAUAUUUCUGAAUAUGUAUAUUUGUUUGUAAAUAUGCUGUAAAUAUAUUGGAUACAAAAAGGCAACUGUAACUUGCACCGGGCAAGACACAGAAAAAAAUACAGAAGUAUACAAUUUUAUCAACCUUUAAAAACCUGCAGGUGCUCACAAAGUGGUUCAGAUUUGUAAAAAUAUUUUAACUGAAUAUUAGUCCACAAAAAUGUGCCUUAAAUACAUGAAGAUUGGAUUUGAAACAUACCGAAAAAAUGUUUUUAAAAAAAAAUCAUCAUUUGAUUUUGUAUCUGUUACGUCAGAGUUCAAACAAGUUUUCUUGCUGGUAUAUCGUUCUAAUUUGUGCUGCAUUAUACUGUUCAUGUAGUGUUCUUUCUGCUCAUUGCCCUUAUGUUAUCAUUCUGACGUCAAAUUUAUGUUAUUUGUAUGAACACUUGAAUAUUUUCAAUAAAGUUUAUUUUGAUAACUAGAAA